UGCUUGAAAAUUGUUCUCGAAAUGUGUGCUGUAAUAAUGUGUCGUUUUACAAUGGAAUCCUUUGAAAUUAUUGAAAAAUCAAAGCGAAGUAUCGUACCCGAAGCAACAAGAUUUAUUAAAAAUUCUUUGUUCAAGGAUAACAAGUGCGUUACAGUAAAGAAUCAGCCUUCGUAUUGCAAGCAAGAUUGUCUACGUGAUUGCGGUUGUCACGGUUGUGGAGGCUAUAAUUGUUCGCAACGUAGAAGAUUUACGAGAACUAAGGGAAGUGCUAAAGGAAUAUCAAUGUGUUGAAUAAGGUAUGCAUGUAAUUUCAAAAUAUGCAACUCCUCAAAAUUUGGAUUCUUUGUCUGAGUUUAAUAUUUCAAGUUCAACAAUACCCCCUGCUUCCAUACUUGAUGUCUCUUCUAUGCAGCAUCUGCCUUUGAAAUUAACAAUGGAAAAAAUCUUUUCAAUGAACAACAAUACAUUAAACAUGGAGAAUAAUAUAUCAAGCCCAAAGAAAGAGAACAUGCUCCAUAGCGUGUUCAAUGCUUUCAACACGAUAUGGGAACGAUUUUCCAAAGUGUCUGGUUCCUUUAUGGCAAGCGUCAAUCAUCCAUUAUCAGUAACAGUUGUUCAUAAUGAAGGUAUAAUUUCGCACGAAUUUUUUAAAAAUUUGACAACUAAAAGGGAGAUUUUGAACACUGAUAAUGUAUACAUUCAAGGCACACAAAUAAAGGAAUCUUUAAAUGUUAUUGAAAGUAUUCAUCACGAUAUAUUUGAUGAAAAGAAACCUUAUGAAAGCAGAAUUUCUAAUGAAAAUAUAAAGGAAAAAUUAAAUUACAAUUACAAAUGCAAUGAGAAGAAAAACAACGAUGUUAAAAGAUCUGAUAAAAAUGUAUCUGUUAUUACAGAAAAUAGUAAAAGUAAUUCAAUCGAUUGUAAUUACUUAUUAUCAACAGAAGAGUCGAACGAAAUGCUGGCAGAUACUUGUUUAUAUAUAAAUAGAAACAAACUGCUCGUUGGAAAUAAUUUCCAUAAUUAUGCAAAUAUUUCCAAUGAAAGUACAUUUACAAACAAGCAAGUUUCUCAUUGCAUUAAUGAUAACGUGAACGUAAAAACAACGGAGGAAGAAUCUUUUUCAUCGACAUCCAGUUCAAGCAUAGUAAGCGUCGAGUCGAACAAACAGAUUACAGUAUCAAAUAUGUUGACGGAUAUGUGGCAUAAAGUUUGCGACCGUGUGACAGAUCGGUUCUAUAAAACAGAUUUAAUUGAAUCAGAUAUAUCGAUGAAAGGAUCACUUUCGCCGAAACAACGGCGGAAACUUAACACUAUAACAAAGGGCAGAGGUCGAGGCCGAGCGAGAUCGCAGCUGAGACGCUCUGGUGUAAGUCAAACUAGACACAGAAAGGAGCGCGCUAAGCAUGAUUUAGAAGUAGACAUUGAGAAUGAUUUAAAAAGUUGGCAAGAAUUUGAGAUGUAUCAUACAAUAGAAAACAAAGAAUUAGAAGACUGUUUUAGAUUAGAUGAAGACAUGAUGGACACAGUAGAUGGAAAUAGUUCUAUAUCAUAUACAUUUGCUGAUGUGGAACCUAAAGUUCAGAAGCAAAAGAUAUACAAGAUGGUUGAUCAAGACAUAUCUAAAUUUUCCACAAAAAUGAGACGCAUGCCUGAGUGCAGGGAAGGGAUAAAUGCAUUUCAUGAAGAUUGUGCUGAGAGUAGAUACAAUUCAAAGAGAAAGACCUUUCGACCACGUCUAAUAUCAGAAAGUUCGAUUAACUCGGAAGAUAGUUACUGUAUCGUAUUUGAAGCAGAAUCUGAAGUAACUUGCAGAAGUGAUCUUGAGGACAGCGAUGAAAGUGAUAUGGAUGAAACCAGCGAAGAAGAAGAUAAAUGCAACGAUAAAGAAUCUGUAUUUCCCGUUCAAAAAGUAAAGUUUAAUUUAAAGCCAAUUGUUCACACAAUGGUACAUUGGGACUAUGCAUACCGUGCUGCUAGAAGAGGACCAUGGGAGGAAAUGGCUAGAGAUAGAGAACGAUUUAAAGGUCGUAUAAAUUGCAUAGAACGUGUUCUUAAUCCCAUAUUGUCUAACCAACAUCGAACUCACAUUUGGCAAGAACGAUUUGCAAUUACCGAAUGAAACUUGUAUUUGCGAUACUUGUAACGUAAUUCUGUUAUUAAGGGUUAACGGUAUGCGCUGUAGCAGAAGAGAUGAUGUAUUAUAGUAAGAGGAUAUGUAUUAUUACAGUAGGGGUGUUCAACCUAACUGUAUAAUAUGUCUUCCUGGAUGACAACAGAGGCUGUGAAUAAAUAGCGUAGAACAUUUGUUUUAAGAUAUUUUUCAUUACAAUAGUACAAGUAAAUUUGUCAUUGUUUGUGCUAUAAUAUUGUCUCUUAGACGUUAAAUAUUUGUCUUCGUUAAAAAUUUUUAAAAGUAUAAGCUUUAGAUUCUUGCCAAUGGCCAUUACUUGUAAGCGCAUCAGAAAAUGACAAGGCUUACUUUAUGCACUACAUGAAUUAUAUUAAAUGAUAAAUAUGAUUGUAAAAUGGUAAAGUAUUUUUUAUGGCCGUAAUAGUAGCAAUUAUAUUAGUAAUAAUUAAUUUGAUUAUAUUUUAUCAAAGAAAGAUAAAAACAUCAUAUUGUAUCACUUAAUAUGAUUUAAACUGUGUCAUUGUAAAUAUAACGUAUUUAACGAAUAUUUAACAAAUAUUUUUGCAAAGUAGUUGUAUACAAGAUCUGUUCAAAUAUUUCUGUAGUACAUAUAUACAUUAUUAGAUAAAUUAUAUCAUUUUACUUAACUAAUAUAUUAAAUAUGGACAAGUUAUUAAUGCACUAGUCAUUAAAUCUGAAUAAAUUAACAAUUUUUUUUUUAAUAUAUUGAAGGAAGUUUAGUGGAAGGUGUUAAUUAUUCAUAUUUCUCUUGUUUAAUAUGUGCCAUCAUCUCUUCUUCUAUACACUUGUUUUAUGCCAAAACGGAAAUCUUUUCAUCAUAAAUUUUCAACGAUUAAAUAAAUUGUAGAAUAUGUGCACUCUACAAAUACACGAAUUAGAAUUAUAUAAUUUAAACUACGCAUGUUUAAGACAUUUCCAUUGCAUAUAGUACAUGUUAGGUUUUGUAUGAAACAAUUUAAAUAUACCCUCUUUGCAUUAACAAUUUACAGUGAGAUAAAAUUAAGUGGAUAUUAUGUGAUAAAUUGUACCAACGUAUUUUGCAAUGAACAUCAUAGAUUGCAAUCAAAAUUGUAUGAUAAAAUUUUUUAUACAAAUAUUAACAUACUUCAAACAUGCCUUUAAUGCGAGACAUAUGUCUAUAUUAGGUAAAGAUAUUUGAGAUAUUUUCUUUUACUUAAAAAAUUUCUUAUUAUGACAUCUAACUAAAA